UCUAAACCAAAAACCUUAGCAGCCAUCGAUAAGGGUAGAUAUCGAUAGUGACAUCGGCUGUUUAACAGUUGUUAUUGGACCAAUUAUAAAAAUGGAACAUGUGGAGCCGCACAUCCAAACCAAUGACAUUCUGCAGCAAAUACUAAAACUGAAUAUAGUUGAGAAUGAAGCUGAAAUAAUGACGCUAUUGAUAAACUUGCGGCUGCUGCUCACCCAAAGCAGCGCCAGUCAGGAAACAUUGGCCAACAAUAUGGAAUUCGCACAUUUUGUGCAAAACGUUGUCUUUAAUCCAAUUAUGAGGACACAGCAGCGAACACUACACAUUCUAACGCUUCAGGUGCUGGCCAACAGCGUUGUAAACAAUGAAAAGACACAGGCAGCGACUUGGCAGACCCAUGGCGCACAAAUUGCCGAGCAAGCGUGCACUUCUCCACUGGGCAGCUCCAACAAUGUGCUGCUCAUGAUUAUGUAUAACAUUUAUUUAGGACGUUGCACACGCCUGGUCAGCGAGCAGUUGGUGUUUGAAACAUGUGUGCGCCUUUGGCAGGCAAUUAUUGAAGCACAAACGGAUUACAAUUUCGAGUAUCUGCAUUUUUUGCUGGAGCACUUUAUAGUGAAGGAUGGACGCGCCUGUGUGCAGUGCUAUCAGCGUCUGGCGUUGGUGGAGCAACGCAUUGCCUUUUUGGACUAUGUGGCGCACUAUCUGCGCGAAAACAGUCCAAAUGGAGAGAUCAGCACCAUGCUGCUGCUGUUCUUUGCCAAAGAGUUUCGGCUAAAAUCGGAUUGUAUUCUACGUGAAACCAUAAAACUACGUCACGAGCUGCAUCCGCGUGAGGUGCACACGCUGCUCCGCAUCAUUGCAAGCGCCAGCGGCACAGAAAAUUAUGCCAAAAUCUAUGCAGUCGAUCACUCGCUAUUUAUUAAUGUCAGCAGCUUGCUGCGCUGUGUAAUUGCGGCUGGCAAAGAGCCCAAUAGCAGCGUGGACACCCCCAUGACAAAGCUGGAGGAAGUGGCGCUCACCUCUAACAUAGAUGCGGGCUAUGAGGAGCGGGUGUCCUUUGAGCUGAAAACGCUGCUGGUGCGUUGCACGGCCAAUUUGCUGUACGAGAACGAGGCCAACCGAGGCUACUGCCUCGACACCCAACUGCUGCCUGCGCUGCUCGAGUGCACAGUCAUGGAUGCGCGUAAUCCUUUAAUGCGUGAAUGGAGCAUUCUGGCCAUACGCAAUGCCUGCAUCAAUUCCCCCGAUGCGCAACAGGUGAUUGCCGGCCUGACCAUGCAAGGUGCUGCACCAAAUGACAUGCUCAGCGAAUUGAAUUUGGAUAUGGGUGCAUUACGCAUCACAGACCGACAGCAAUAGACACAAAAAUACACAAAUCCAUUUGCUGUCCAUUUGCCACUAACAAGUGGUUAGCUCUACAAACAGCACGACGUCAUCCGCGGAAUGAUGCGCUAAUGAUAUGCCAAAAAAUGAGAAAAAAAAAACAAAUGUUAACAACAUUCAUAAACGCGUUGUCAACGUUUAAUUGCAAUUUGGCCCAAAAUUGUUGGCGGCGGCAGCAGCAACAGCAGCGAGCGGUGGUUGUCGAUGUUGUGCACUGGCAUGCGGCUGGCUGUUUGGCUGGCAAAGCAUUUACGAGUUUUAUUUUAUAAAUAGCUGCCCAUGGCUCUGUAUCAUUAAAAAAAAAGAGAGAUGCCUAAAUACAUCAAUUUCUAAAAUUACGCACACAUAUUGCUACACAAUGUGCCUGCUGUUGUUGCUGCCCAGCUCAGUUUUUUAUGGCGCAAUUAAAAACGAAACGAAAACGAUGACGCAGUUAAUCACGACAAUGCCAGAGUUCACGCUUGGCACUUGUCUGCUUGGGCUUGGACCAUCAGCCAGACAGCAGCGCCAGCGCCGCGCCUGCUGCAGGUGGCCAUGCACUGGUUGUUUGUCGCGACAACGUCUCUUUAUAUAUAUAUAUAUAUAUAUAUAUAUGAACUCAUUUAAUCUAGUUAAGGAGCAUCACCGACUCGUAAAGUAUAUAUAUUCUUGAUCCGUACAAAGAGCUGAGUCGAUCGCAAGUGUCGGAAAAUAUAUAAGCUUAAUCGGAAUUGGAAAUAUAUUUUCUUCGUUGCUAUAUGCAAAACGCGAUAAUCAUAUUUCUCGCGAUUUAUACUCCAAUUUUCGUAACAUCGAUAAGAACCAAUUUUAAGACAUGGAUUUUUAAGCAUAACUCGAAAGUUGUUAAAUUUUAGACACCGAACUCGGUAUAUAGCUUCACCCAAGGUAUAUAAGGAUUAAGUGAAUUUCUCACUCCAAAAUUAAAAACAAAAAAAUGUCAUUAAUAUAGAGCCUUGUUAUUGGGACACUUACGUCAUAUAAA